AUGUCUGUUGUAUACAAAGCGAUUUGUCGGGUUGGAGACAAGGUAUGGUCUGAUUUUGCUGGAUUAGAGUUAUCUUUGUUUUAGGUUGUCUACCCAAUCCUGCCCAGUUUUGCCAAACCAGCGUGGAAUCAUCCAGCUGGACCUAAAACAGUGUUCUUCUGGGCUCCGACGAUUAAAUGGUGUUUGGUUGGAGCUGGAUUGGCUGAUUUGGCUCGGCCAGCCGAAAAAUUGAGUGUUUCACAGGUAAGUGUUAAUAUUUUGUAUUGAAUUUUAGGUAUGUUGAUGAGGAGUUGAUAAACAAUGUAAAUUACUUUUGGUAUGUACUUUGGAGAGUAGUUUUUACGUUUGACUGACAUUAAAGUUUCUGUUAUAUUGAUUUAGAUAAUGCUGUUGAUCAAAAGAUUAAAAUUUAUUGUUUUCAUGUAUUUUUGUGGGAAAUUAUUGCAAAAGAAAGUUUUUUGUUUUACUUAUAGUUUUAUAGCUUAUUAUCGUUGCUUUUCGUUGUUUAAGACUAGUUUGUAUGUUGUUUUAGAAAUCAAGCCUAUUGAGUGUCUGUAAAUCUUUGUCUUAACGUCUAUACCUGAGAAACACUAGUAUCAUCGAAGAUUUUUAAUUCCAAGAUUUCAGAACGUAGCUCUCACUGCCACAGGCUUGAUCUGGACCAGAUAUUGCUUGGUUAUCAAACCCAUAAACUAUUAUUUGUCCAGUGUCAACUUCUUCGUCGGAUUAACUGGACUUGCUCAACUAUGCCGAAUUGCUCAUUACCGCUACACUAAUCCGAAUGCUAUUGAGAAUUAG